AUGCCGUCAAUAUCUGAACGAGACGAGUGGAUCCUUUCCCAAACAGCAUCUGAGCUGGAGCACUUGAGAGAUAAGGACGAUUUGAUCCAUCUAGACGAAGCCAUCGCCUUUUGCAACUACCUCAACGGAGAAACAACAGCCAUGGCGGCUGCACAAAACAUCACGGUCAUGCUGCGGCCAGCAAUGGAGCAGUGUGAAUACAAGCCCGAUGGCCCAGGUCGCAUACUGACUUUUAUUAUCUCCUACUUGUGGCGAUUCGACGAGGACUGCGACAAGAUCCUAGAUCUCCUGGUCGCUAUUCAGAAUCUCCCCUCUGUUCCCGGCAUACGUUGGUCGAGAUUGCCACCUUUCAGAGCAUUGUGGGAUUAUUUGUAUACCUUUAACCGGCGUGAUAACCUAGACUUCCCCUUCUUCAAAAAGGUUGGGACCUUGGAAGCAAAGAUGUAUCUAAGUGGUCUUAACCCGGUGGACGACAACUGGGCCUACAGAGCCAUCAAUGUGAUGUGCCUCGAAACACAGGAGCUCGAACUCGUCAUCCAUGAGAUACACCCGUGGCUUGACGUCGCAGGGCCAACGUUGGUGAAAAAUAUGGAGCCAGCCCAACUUAAAUGUUUUGAAAGGGCUGUGAGAGGUCGGAGAGAAAAAACAUACGACAUAGAAGCUACCAUGUACGAGCAUUGGGAGCACUGGAAGAAGAGAUUCUUGCAGAUCAGCUGCGACGAAGAGUUUCUCUCGCCCGAAUCCAGAAUGAUGGCAGGGAAAUGUCAUGAGAUUAUGAAGGGCCUUGUCGUUGCCCAGCCCGAUCCUCCCACGGAAACAUGA